UGCUAAAAUAUCCUAGCAAUACUUCAGACUUCGCUCGCGCCACGCCCACAGGUUCAAGGAAAUAAUGACCUUUAUCCCUACCCUCACAAGUUCGAGGUCUCGCUGUUGCUUCCACACGAUAUUGGCGGGUGUGGUUGAGAAGGCAAGAUCAAGUCUGGAGGGACGAUCAAGGGCACCAUCGAAUGCCUUGCAGGACAUACCUACAAUGUUCGUGCGUCCGGUCUAUGUUUCUGUUUCUACGACCUCUAUGGCGAAGGCUGGAAGGUACAGAUCAUGGCGGUCAAGCAGUGAGUCCUUGCCGUUCUGUCGACUACAGACCCACGGAAACUAUAACUUGUUCAAGACGCCAAGGACCCAGAAGGCUUCGUCGCGCAACACAAGCACUUGCGCCGUGGUGCUAUCGUUAAUGUCGUGGAAUUCCAGGACGUUUCAAAGCAGGGCGAGCUCCGGAUCAUUCCCUCAGAGAUGAUUCUCUUCGCCCCGAGCCUCCAGCAGCUAAUGUCGGGCCGCUUCGACCUUGAAGAUCAGGAAGCCUACUACUACAAGCCUUACCUGGACCUCACCUUCGACGGGGACAUCGUGACAAGGCGUGGCUUCAUCUCUCGAGGCCGAAUCGUCGACUGCAUCCGCCAAUCCUCCGACAACCUCGGCCUACUCGAGGUCGGAGAUACCGAUGACGAGCUCGACCGCUGGGAGUGCGAUUGUGAAGCCGUCAAGCAUUCGCCACAGCGGCCUCGAUCUCGGCCUGUAACUCCGCGUCGCCUUCGAGCUCUAUCAGGCGCGUGUUCCGGGAACGAGGGCAUUGGCUAAUGCACAACCGAGUUCUCGAUCAGCGAGUUCUACAUGGCGUACGCAGCCAUCUACGAUAUCGUGGACAUCACGGAGAGCCCGGCCUAGGGGUUCGUCAAGUACCUGCAAGUAGGAAGACGACGGUGAUGUCCCACCCCGAGGGCUGGAAGGUGUAUGAGCCGGAGACUUGAAGUGGCCGUGGCCGUGGUACGACAUGGUCAGGACGCUGGGGGAGAUGCUCAGGAUGAGGUUUCCGGCAGGCGAGUCGUUGCACCCGGAUGAUGCGAACAAGUUCUUGCACGAGUUGUGCCAGAAGGUCUGCUGU